UUCGUCCCAGUUCGUCCCAGUUCGCGAUGGUGCCGCUGCCGCUGCUGCUGGCGGCGCUCGGAGCUCCCGGGGCCGCCCCGUUCGUGCUCCAGGUGGCCUCGUGGUGCUCGCUGGACAACGACGGCUCCUUGCUGGCCACCAACGGCUCCCAGGAGGUGCUGGUGGCCCUGUCCCAGAUGCCACUGGUGUGCGGGGACCUUCGGGGACCUCGUGCCGGCGCCUGCCAGGAGGGGGGACCCUUGGGGACACUUGGGGACACGCUGGCGCGGGCGCUGCACGAGGACAGCCGGUGGGGACAGCGGCUGCGCCAGCGCCGCCAGCUCUGCCUGGAGCUGCCCAGGAGGGUGUGGCCACCACUGAGAGCGCCACCACAGCUGCAGAUCGUCCCCGAGCGCUCGGGGCCCGCGCUGGCCCUGGUGUGUCACGCCUGGGGCUUCUCCCCUGCCGAGAUCACCCUGAGGUGGCUCCACAACGGGAACAUCGUCGGUGACAACAUCGGUGACAUCAUCGGGGACAACGUCGGGGACACGUCGGGACAAACCCGGGCACUUCCGGUGGGGGACGGAACAUUCCGGGCGCAGGCGACCAUCCAGGUGCCACCAGGGACGUCUGGGGACACUUUCGAGUGCGUGGCGCUGCACCCCAGCCUGAAGGAGCCCCUCAGCGUCACGUGGGCCCCAGGAUUGUCCCCAAGGUUGUCCCUGGUGGUGGCGCUGGCGGUGCUGGGGCUGCUCCUCGGGCUCCUCCUCUUCACCUUCGGCCUCAGCCGCUACCUCGGCACAGGUUACACCCCACUCCCCGGUGACACCCACGCAGGUUACGCCCCCCUCCCCGGUGACACCUGAGCAGGAACCUCCCAGGACGGUGACGGCGACGGGGCCUGAAAAUGCAGAAAAUCACCCCAAAAAUCCCCUCAAAAAUCGCUUUAAAAUCCCCAAAACCACCCCCAAAAUCCACCCCAAAAUCCCAUUAAAAACCAAAAAAAAUUCCCUUAAAAUCCCCCCAAAAAUCCCAUUUAAAAACCGGAAAAAAUCCCCAAAAAUCCCAUUAAAAACCCAAAAAAAUUCCCUUAA